GGUGACGGCAAUCAUUUUGAAGAAUGACCUGUUGGUCUUCGACUUAAAUAGAGUCAAGCCCAACACCUUCACUAUUUAAAAAUUGCCUUACUUUUACAAAUGAUUGAUAAUUUUAAAUGAACAAUUUAAUUUGAUCUGUACUAAGAUGAGAAUACUUCCAAUUUUCACUGAUACUAUGUUGGCCAAUGACUAGAAUGAUCAUUCUCUUCAAUACUAUUUGAGCUAGUGAUCAAGUUCAAUUUUUAAGUUUAUAUGUUUAAGAGAACAAAAAAUUGAUGAUACGCCGCUGAUUUAUUCCUUUGGCAACUCUGCUGUUACAAUGAGUACAAGUGUAAACCUUGAAGUGACAGCAACAAUGGCGUCCGAAUUUGUCCCCACUACCACUGCUAGCGCCACCACCCCAGAGGACGGGUCCCUGCAACUGAUCAUAGCUGACCUGAGCACCGAGGUGGCUUUCCGAAUUUUUGACAUUGUAUGCAGCAAUUUUCUGGUUGGUGUGAUCAGUCUUCUUGGUUUGUUGUCCAAUGUAACAACCAUCGUGGUGCUGUCUCAUCAAGUGACUGAAAGCAUCAAUAUCGUUUUUCUUGGAAUGGCCGUGUCAGACAUGUGUGUGGUCACUCUAGCUCUGUGGUACGCUAUCACCAGCAUCAUUAACGAAGCCAAUCCGCCAAACUUUCUUUUUGAGCCGCUCAGCUUCUUGGUAAUGACUGCCGUUAUCCCUAGGCUGUUCUUCAUCAACUCCACCUGCUGGUUGACAGCCCUUGUGGCCAUCAUUCGAUGUCUAUGUGUGGUGCUGCCCUUCAAGGUCGGCAUCUUGUUUACUCCAAAAAGAACGGCCGUCUUGACUUCCGGUGUGUUUUUUAUCAUCGUAUUCAGCUACUCCACAUCCUACUUCCGGAACGAGUUUGUUCUGGUUUUCUUCCCGGAAGUUAACGCCUCCAUUUACAUUAUGGUAGAAUUGUCCAAAGGGGUGGUCAUCGACGACAUGGUCUACUACCUAGGAUUCGUCGCUUUACCUAUGGUCUGCAUGUUUAUCGUUGUCUUCUGCACCCUUGUCCUCGUCAUCAAGGUCAAGGCCUCGGUGAACUGGCGAAACAAUGCUCAAUCUGGCAAGUCGUUUUCGAAGGAGAAAAAAUCUGUCCCCGUCACCGGAAGAGAGUCCGCCACAAAGGAAGGGAAGCUAACCAAAAUGGUCGUCACUAUCACGUCAGUCUUCAUCUUCUGCAACAUGCCAAACAACUUGGUAGUUAUGGCGCGCAUGGUUGAGCCUGAGUUCACCGAGCGAGGCAAAUACCAACAUACUUUCAUUAUUAUUCACGAUGUUAUAUUUCUGUUGGAGACAAUUAACUCGAGCGUUAGUUUUUUAAUUUUCUACAAUAUGAGCUCCAAGUUUAAGACCGAGUUCAACAAAUUGUGGCGUGUUUCUAAACAGUUAAAAGUUUUGAAGUGAUAUGAAUCCAUAGCUUUUAGGUUUACUUCUCACAUAUCAAUGUACAGCUUCAACGCUAACUAUAGUAUCUAUACUUGGGUACCUAUAUUUCUUAGUAUAAACGCUUUAUAUAUACUAGACAAGAAGAAAA